AUGAUGCUAUCAUCAACUCCCAACAACAAGACAUCCAACAAGACAUCCAACAACAAGAUCUACAACAUCAAGAACAAUUACAAGAACACGAACAACUUCACCACCAACAUCAAGAGCAUCAUCACCAAGUCCAAGACCAACAUCAACAUCAACAGGCCACCAUCGAUGUCCCCACCAUUGUACAUUUGCCAGACGUUAGCAUCGCCAUUGAGCAUUCCUCAACGCCAAAUACCAGAGAUGAUCAAUCCUCAAUGUAGACAGCUUUGUUAUCCAGCCCUGUCCAUACCAUAA